AUGAAUAAUUCAUCAUCAACAUUCUCGCAUAGAAAAAGAAAUUAAUCCCAUUCCUAUGGUGCAGUCGACUAUUAGAAUAUAGAUCCGAAUUCUGCCUACUUUCAAAAUCUCUAAGAUAUUGUAAAGAAUAAGCAAACCUUAAACGUUCCGAAGCAAGCUGAAAUCAAGUCAAGAAGGCAACUAACUCAGGGAAAUCACAGCUCAUUAUAAAAUAAAAAAUCAUCUAUAGCUAACUAUGAUUCUCAAAAGCUGCAAUCCUAGAACUGUUCAUUGACAUACGAUACAUCAAAGCAAGGUAGAGGGGCUGUCAAUAGGUAAAACAGCAAUCGACUCAAAAAUAUGAAUAAUAGUUUUGUAAAUGACCAGGUAAACCGACAUCCCUCAAAUAAUAAUGUUGCCUCUACGUUGUAUACUUCAUUGAACUAUGAUUAAAAUGAUGUGUAUAUAGAUUCUCAUAACUCCCCAAAAUUCAUAAAAAAUACUUAGCACCUUUAAAUACGUCCAAGGGUAUCUCAAGGAAUAAGCAUUGUUUAGAGAGGAUUCGAAAAUAAAACCAGCUUGACUAGUUCUCAUGAUAAAGUAAAGAACAGCUUUGAGAUUCAGAAUGAGGGCAAGUUAAGUUAGUUCAAGGUCUCUAGAGGCAGCGGAUAUCAAAGCAGAACUCAGAAAAAUUAAUAAACUGAUUUAUCACUAAAUUAGACUAUGACUUAGGCCAAUAUGGCAUCAUAGAGCAAGAGCCUGAGUAAAAGGAUAAAAGGUAUCAUAAAUGAAAAAAUAGAUGAGUAUCAGAAUACAAAGCAUGGAUAAAAAAUGUAAGAUUUUAAACUUCGAAGAGCUAAAACUAAUUAAUUUCAAAGAGGAUAUUAGUCAACUCUUUAGACGAACUAAUCAGAUCAUCAAACUAGAGCAGUAACCACUGAUCCAAAUGAGCCAACUUAAAUUACUAUGAACUCAAUCUUCCAACCUUAUCCAGAUAUGAGUUUGAAUAACAUUAAAGCUUAAUUAUAAUUCAAGAACAAGCACAAGAAAAGCAUAUCAGAUUUUACUCGGCUUGAAAAUAACAACGAUCUACACAAGAGUCUGAAUGAUCUUUCCUCAGAUGUCUUUGCCUAGAAGUAGAGAUUGCUCUUAUCCCCAGAUAAGAGGAAGGAGUAGUAAAUGCUUAGAAUACUUUAAGUUGAUAACGGUAUAGAUUCAACAGAUCUGAUUCUGAAUACCAAUAUGGAAAUUAAAAAAGCUUAUUAAUGUCUUGAUAGACUUGUAAAAAACAAUGAUUAAAAACUGGUAUUAUAAAACUCAGAAUAUUCUGUAAAAGGUCAGCUUAAUAAGUAAAGAUCUAAAAAAGAUUUCAAGUAGAGUUCAGCCUAAGGACAAUAAUAAGCUAUUUAAUCAGCUAUAUUUGAUCCGGAUAACUUUUAACUUCAAGGUAAAACUAGGAAAUAACUGCACAUGGAUCUUUAGAAGAAAAUUGCUUUAUUUCUAAAUGACUAUGGAAAGAGACAGGAGUUCUUCAACUAUCUUUAGGAAAUCAAGCAUAAGCUUCAAGGAUAGCUGGAAAACCCAGAUGAUAUCAACAAGCAUCUGAAUAAGAAUCUUGAGCUGGCCUAAGUCUGGCUUUAAUAUCAACAAGAGCGCAGGAAUAUGCUUUCCUAGUAUAAUACUUACAAGAAGGAGAGAGCUGAAGAACGUAGGAAGUCUGCGGAAAGACAGCAAAGAGAGUAUAAAUUGUAGCAAGCAAACAGGUGGGUCAUUUUCAGAGAGAACCAGGAAAAGUUUAAAAUACAGCAGGCAAAGCUGAACAUUGAAAUGCAAAGGAAAAUCAAAUGGAUAACAAAGCUAGCUGGACAUCAAAUCAUUCGAAAGAUAUAUGAGAAAUACAAUGACAGAAAGACUGAGUACAUUAUAAGGUAAAGAUAGAACUGGGUAGCCAGAAUGGUAUAAAGGAAUAUGAAGAAACUGUUAAAAAAGAUGGCACCUACCAGACAGCUUAGAGUGGUCAAUACUAUCAGAUAGUAAGGACAAAUAGAGAUGUUAAUACAUUAUCCUAGAACUUUUUGUUUGACUGUUUAAGGGAAAUUCGAUGGAGUACUGGAGGAAGCUAAAAAUAAAAUGUUACUCUUUAUGAGGCAAUUUACCAAAAAGUCUAGCAUCAAAUUCACCUUUAUCUAAUACUGUGAAAAGUUGAUAUCGAUUUAAAACAGAUUCUUGCAAGUUAUAAAUCUAAACAAAGCUAGAAUUGUGCUACUCAAAAGAUACUAUGAGGAAGUUCACUAAAAAGUGCUUAUGGAUGUUAUAAAGAAAAAAAAGGACAAAGUAAAGUUAACUAAGUUGUAAAAUAUCAAUCCUGAAAUCAGAGAUGCUGUUCUAAAUAGAUAUUAUAAUAAGUGUAGAAUAAAGCAUGCCUCGGCCUUCUUUAACUGGAGAAAAAAGAGAUAACUCGUUAGAGUAAAAAGAUCAAUUGAGACCAUCAUAAAUUUGAGGAGGAGAGAUUAGUAUAUUGAUGAGGCAUAAAAGCAUAAGUUGCUAUAGUUUGGAGUUGAGGGCUUAGUCUAAAUUGAGGAAAAGAAACUCAAGUAUGAAAACUUGCCUCCUAUUGAAGAGUUGAGUGAAAUAGAGUAAAGAGAAAUUAUUCAAACUAACUACAAUAUGAAUUAUCUAUCGGAUUCAAAGUCUUCUUAGGCACAAGGUGCAGGAGGAGGUUAGCAGCCAGUUUCAUCAGCUCGAAAUAAAAACGGAUCAGGAAAGAAUCUCAUUUAGCAAAAUCUUUAAAAAGCAGUAAAUACAAAAAGUUAAUUUUAGCAAGCAUAGAAACAAAAGUCUCUAUAGAAAUAAAAAACUACAUAGAAAUCAAAAAUGAACUUAGAUCAAUAAAACGGAGAAAACAAUAACACCUUCUUGACUGGUUUGUUUGGAGGUGAUCAAGAAUAAAGGCCUAAGAGAACUAAGGAUGAGGAAGAAUUCUAUAGAAAGUUGUUUAGAGAAGUGAGAGAUCCAAAUAUUGAGAUUGAUGAAAGUUUUUGGAAUCCUCCUUAAUUAAGAUAUUGGCCUUCGAUUAAGGUAAUGAAGCACUUAAUCAAUAUUGCAUGCACUACUAAAACCACACUAGAUUUAGUGUUCUGA